CAAACAUAAACCUCAAAUGCAGUCUCGCUCACUUCAAGGCCUGGUUCUGGACAACCGGUAAAUGGGAACCCAAGGGAGACAUGUCGCGCUUUCGCCGUCUAGGCGGAACGUUCAUUUGGUGGAAAACCAGUCAAUGCUUGAGGACUUCAAAAAAGCAGAAAUGGAACAUCAGUGUCCGAGGAAGAUUACUGAUGACAAGCGUGUCAUCUACAGGUCUCGCAGCUUUGGCAAGCCGAAGAAUGGCGAGUGGGGAGAUCCAGUCUUGUGUGAUUUCAGAGAGGCCAGAAUUGGACAAGUUCAACAAAGAGGUCCAUUUGUCCAGACACAUAUUUACAGGGCGCCGGAUAUACCUUUUGAGAUGCGAUGGGGUUCGCCCGUGGAUAUAUCGAAAGUCGCUACACUUAUCUGGGACCUCUUCCAAGGAAAAACAUAUGUUUGAUAACCUCCUAGAUGGAAAAGGGCAAUUAUGAUCCUUUCAAGCACAUAGCUCAGAUAGUUGUAUUACUGGGCCCUCCUCCAAAGAGGAGUUCAUGCUGCGCAGUGAGAUGACUUGGCAAUGCUUUGAUGCUGAUGGCAGUUUGCUCCGUUUAGUUUAUGGGUGGCAAUUAAAGCUCACACGGACGUGUAUAAAGACAAGUGGAGGGCAGAUAUGCACGAGAAUAUAUCCAAUAUUUCGUUGGAGAGCCUUGAGACUCCUUUAGAGGGAACAGAGAAGAUAUCAUUUCUCCGCUUCACCCGGUCCAUGCUUAAGUGGCUGCCCGAGGAGCGAAAGACUGCUAGAGAACUUCUUAACGAUCCCUGUUUGAAUGACCAGCUGGGCUAAAAGCGGGAACUGA